AUGGCAAUAACUGAUAAACUUUGCUUUGGAUUCUCAACUGCCGCAUUGGUGUUAUAUAUAAGCUUAUUUGGAAUCUCAAGUAUCCUUGGUUAUGGUCCCGUUAACUAACCUAUCAGCAAUGGAAGUAUAUUUAUAGGCAGAUGUUAGAGUAAUGCAAUUUGAUUUACUUUCCGGAUCCAAAAGAUAUUUCGAAGACUCUCUGUUUAGAUGAAUGUCCAAAAAAUGGAGAUACAAAAUUGUAAUGUGAUAAUUGUUCUGGGAACAUUAUAAAUACAGAUGAAUGUAAUAAGUUGUUAUUAAAUUAGACAAUCAUGGUUGUUUGCCUACCUUAUAUUCAUAACUAUAAUCGGUUUUGCCUGCCUUGGAAACAUCUAAACUCAACACCUUUACCAUAUCCUUGAUUUCUAAUAGCGAAUUUGUAUUUACAGGACUUCUAUUACUACUUUCCGUGCUUUAUUUAAAUUAGAGACUAUUCAGAUAAUACUUUUCGCUUAUAAUUUAAUUCCUAACGAAAUUUUACCCAUAUUGCAUAUUAUGGUUAGCUAUCAUAAUGGCAAAUCGGUUGUCGAACUUUCAUGAUAUGGAAAAACUGUAAAGAGCAGGGGAAUCAAGAUAAUUGAACUAAUAAUCAAUUGAGAUCUUAGUUUAAGCAUUCAAUAACAAAACAACAUACACAAUAGUUUUAUUAAUCUUGAUCAAGGUAUUCAUAGGAUCUCUUAUAUCUCAAUUCUUCACUUAGAAUGAUAAGGAGGGAUACAGAUUGAAGAGUUACAUAACUUUGACGAUAAGAAAGAAUUUAGGAUAGUAUACGGUUAGAUACAAUUCUGUCAUUUAAUUGUUGGUUGUGGUCAACUUUUUAGUAAUGUACUAUUCCAUCACGUAUUAAUUAAUUAAAGAAUUUUAGUGCAGCAUUAAGCAUAGGUUCAAUUGACUCAUCAAAACCUGUGUACAGUCAAUAUUCUACAUCGAUUGUGGGCAUUAUCUUUGCUUUUUUGGCAUUUAUCCUUUUUGUUUAUGCAUCCAGAAUAUUAAGAUUGUAUACUGAUUAUUUCAUAUACAUAUUUACAUUAAAAUAAUUGUUGUGGGAAGAGGAACAAAACAUAUAAAUAUUGAAGUAAUUGUCAAUUUGAUUUUAAUAUAGGAAUUCAUUUGAAGUCUUUGGAACCAUAUCUCUUUUGGCCUUGAAGCAAAUCAUCAAUUCACCUAAAAGUUUGGGCAUUAAAUUAAUGUAUUUGAUCAAGAAACCUUAAAUUGCUCACAAAUGGGAAAACGAUCUAUCAUUGUUAACCUCAUUGACAUUAGGUCGUUAAGUGUUUUACUUGACUCAGAAUUAGGUCAAUAACUAACCAAUUGCCUCAUAUCAAUUACAGGAGAGCAUCGACAAUUUAAAUAUAUAAAAUUUAGAAAUCGUUUAUUCAUUAUGUAUGAAUGCUGUGAUUUAUUAUUAUAGAUUAAUAAGCCGAGGCUGUUCUUAGGUAUUCAGGAUGGUCUCUGGGAUGUCUUGUUGGACUUGUUAAUUCACUCUUUGGAUGCGGGUUUUCCACUAUUUUAAUGAUGAUUCCAUUGGGUUGUGAUCUGAAUUACGUGAUCAGUGCACAAUUGAUUAAGGGAUUCUUGACCUUUGGAUUGAUUGAAGGGGAUAAGGAUGAUGACAAAUUGAUGAAUUAUUAUAAGACAAUAAUUUUGAUAGAGAAGGAGGAACAAUUGUCCAAGAAAAAAUAAUAAUAAAAUUGAGUAUAAAUAAUAAAA